AUGGGUGCUACGCUUUCGCGCGAGAAUGGCAAUGCAUCGAUAGGCUCCAGCGGUGGCCCAGGAGGCGACUCUUCGUCAAAUAUUCUCAUCGACUCGCAUCUCAUGUCUGGCUAUCCGUUUGAUGCACUUGCCACUGGCUUUGUGACUACCGUAGUGGCCGCCAGUUUCAUAUCUGCUUUCUCCGUCAUCCUUCUUGUCGUGGCCAUUGGCACACUCAUGAAUGCACAAUGGGUCAUAAAAGGCGCUGUCUAUGCCGGAGAUCUGUGUAGCGUGCAGGGGGGGAUAAAGCAGAUGGGGAAUGUGGCAGCAGCAUUAUGGUCCUUCAUGAUCGCUUUGCACACCUUCAACUUGUUGUUCCUGCGUAGAAAGAUGACGGCGCUUGGCCAGUGGUUGACUAUUGCCAUCGGAUGGACGGCUGUCAUGUUCAUCAUCAUCAUUGGACCCCUUGCGAUACAGACUCCCGAGAAAGGGCCUUACUUUGGGAUAUCAGGUUACUGGUGCUGGAUAACCGACGCAUACCCCGCUGAACAGACAUACUUGGAGUACUUCUUCGAAUGGCUCGCAGCGUUCUUCAGCUUCAUCCUCUACACCUGCAUCCUCCUGCGUGUCCGUGGUAACCUGAUUCGCGACAACAAAGGUGUCUGGACUCUUCGAUGGGUCCCAUCUCAUCAGAGUUGGCAACUCUCUGUUCAACGAGAUAUGUUGGAUACUGCGAUGCGAAAGCUAGCCGCUUCCAUGGUGUGGCAUCCCGUGGCGUACACGAUCCUCAUCGUUCCCAUCACCCUCGCGCGUUUCAUCUCCUUUGCGGGAUCGAGCGUUCCCCCAUCCAUCACCUUUCUCGCUGACUUCAUCUUCAAUCUCAGCGGUCUCGUCAAUCUGAUACUCGUCUUGACCACCCGUCGUCUCCUCCCAGACUUGCACACCCUUCCUGAUCUCACCACCCCAAGGCUAAAACUAGACAAAGACUCGCCCGAAGCGGUAGGCAACACUCCGUUUGUACUCCAGCGGCCCAUCACUGGCAUUGUCAAUGUCGACGAAGAGAACGGACCGGGGCCUGGUAGCGAAGGCGGGCGCAUCGACCGUUUCAACGCCGAUGAUGACGAUGCUGUCGAAUCCGGAACACGUCGAGCUGCUGUAAUGCGGGUAGGGAAGCAGACUGGGGCCGGCGAGGACGAAGGUUUGAUUGACGAGAAGGAAGAUGUUCGAAUAGAGAAGCCGGUGAAAGAGUAUUCUCAUUCUGAUGCCCUGCGUCUCAGACGUGACGAGACCGCGUCGGUCGCGGACACGGCCUCUAGAUACAGUCUUGCCAGCUUGGACUCGACAGCGCCGUUGCGUCCUGCUGCUGCUUGAGCGGGAGCUGAGCGCUGGUUCUCUCCAUGGACUUCCUAGACUUUGCUUCCUGGGCUUCGGACGCUUUCUUAGAUUUGACGGACGCUGGUUUAUCUCGGGCUGUAUUUUCAUUUGUCUCUUCGCUUUUCGCGGUGUACUAGUACUAGUAUUCCUGCGGUUCUGCUUAGACACAAAUCUUACAGCCUCGUUUUCUCUCCGAUACGC